CCUUGUGCGCGCGACUACUACUGCUGCAGAACCAAGAUGGCGUCCCACGGUGCAGUGAUGUCAAUGUCCAGAAUGAUUUCUCCUUUUUGGGGCGGUCGCCUCGGAAAUACGGUGAAAGUUUUUGGACCAACUCUGACAAGUCGCAGGAAUAAGAGCCUGCACACAGGAGACAACAUUCCCCCUCCUGCAAAGUAUGGAGGCAGACACACUGUGACCCUCAUACCUGGAGAUGGAAUUGGUCCUGAGCUGCUCAAUCAUGUUAGAGAGGUUUUCAGGUUCAGCUGUGUGCCCGUGGACUUUGAGGUGGUCCAUGUCAACUCUGCUAUUGAGACUGAGGAAGAUAUCAAUAAUGCCAUUACUGCCAUCCGUCGUAAUGGCGUUGCCCUCAAAGGUAACAUAGAAACCAAACAUACCAUGCCGCCAUCUGUCAAAUCCAGGAAUAACCUCCUUCGCACAAGUUUAGACUUGUAUGCCAAUGUGAUGCACUGCCAGUCCCUCCCCGGAGUCCAGACUCGCCACAAGAACAUUGACAUCAUGAUCAUCAGGGAGAACACAGAGGGAGAAUAUAGCAGUCUGGAGCACGAGAGCGUCUCUGGGGUGGUGGAGUGUCUUAAGAUCAUCACCAGGAACAAUUCCCUCAGGAUUGCGGACUAUGCCUUCAGUCUGGCCAGAGAGAAGGGCCGUCGUAGGGUCACCGCCGUACAUAAGGCCAACAUCAUGAAGCUCGGUGAUGGCUUGUUCCUGCAGUGCUGCAGAGAAGUGGCCUCUGGUUACCCAGACAUCACAUUUGACAGCAUGAUUGUGGACAACACCACCAUGCAGCUGGUGUCCAAGCCUGAGCAAUUUGACGUGAUGGUGAUGCCCAAUCUGUACGGGAACGUCGUGAGCAAUGUGUGUGCAGGCCUGGUGGGAGGGCCCGGCCUCGUGCCUGGAGCCAAUUAUGGUCGUGACUAUGCCGUGUUUGAAACAGCCACAAGGAAUACGGGAAAGAGUAUUGCUGACAGGAACAUUGCAAACCCCACUGCCAUGCUGCUCGCCAGCUGCAUGAUGCUGGACCACCUUAAGCUUUACGAUCAUGCAAGUUCAAUCCGGAAUGCAGUCCUCACUACCAUGAAUGAAACCAGGUUGCACACGGCUGAUAUCGGGGGUCAGGGCACCACUUCAGAGGUGGUCCAGUCUGUCAUGAGGGUCAUCCAGAGUAAAGGGCAGCUCACAUCAGACCUCUAAACCACCACUGAGGACACCACAUGCUCACACACACACACAUCAGAGGUGUGAGUUUGAACAGGUGUGGACGUGUGGGACAGGUGACCAGUACGAGAGAAGGAUUUCCAUGCUCGUCUAUUUCCAUAGCUAAUCGCUGACGUCACAAUGGUUUCCCUUCUUUUUCCUGUUCACACUGCUCACUGACCACUGUACUGUACAAACAGCCUUUUGUCAACACCUGCAGGCUUCACAUAUAGCAAUGAUCUUCACUCGGCUCCUUUGAAAUAGUUUACUAUGGAUGAAUUUUCAUUAUUACUCCUAUUAGACGGUGGAUGGAUUAUAUUUCCUGAGGUCUUUAGAUUCAUUGAGUUGAAAAUCUGUGUCCUGACCCAUAAUGCAGUCAGAAAUGUCUUGUCUUUGAAAUACCCGUCAGUGUGGAUCAUUAUUUAUUUUCCAACUUUAAGACCAAGUUACAGCUUUUUAAAAAAAAAGGUACAAUGUUCCCUGAACGCCUGAAUGUCUUUUUGUCAUUUUGUCAAAUCAGGUCUGUGCUGUCUGUAUAUUCACAUCAUUUUAACUGUGAUGGUGAUGUGGCUUUUUAAUUUAUACUGUAUCAUCAGAGGAGGUGAGUUACAUCAAGCAACUUCUGUCAAAGUUGAGCUUUUCUGCUUCAUUGUUUUUUUUCACCCGUGGAUCAUAUCAGAUAUAACUAUAACCAGGCAACAGCUCUUACUGUGUGAAAUGAAUAGAAUGGCUUUCUCAUUUAUUGUCUGGAGGUUCGGAAUUUAACUUGUAUAACGUAAAUAUCAAUAAAGAAGUUAUCUAUG